CUCGGCCUAAUCUAGACUCUGAAAUUUUGAGGUCUCAUCCUCUGAGAAGCCAAGCGCUGCCGCCGGCGUCCCCAUCAACCGUUGCCGACGUCGCCCUAAACCCAGUCGUCGUGAUCCCGGUGUCGCCUGCCUACGCCCUCCCAUGGAGGAGAAGGAGGGGACCUUCGAGAGGAACACCAAGCCGAGGCUAGACGACCAUCCCGGGGCGAUGUCGGCCAGCCUGCUCACCGACGACCUCAUCCUGGAGAUCCUCUCCCGCCUCCCCGCCAGAUCCCUCAACCAAUUCAAGUGCGUCUCCGUGCCCUGGCGCGACCUCAUCACCGACCCCACCAACCGCAGGAAGCUGCCCCAGGCCCUCGCCGGCUUCCUCUACAUGGCCGUCAGCAACAAUCGUCGGAUCCACCACCACUUCGCCAGCGUCUACGGUGCCGUGGCCCCGUUCGACCCUGCACUCCAUUACCUGCGCCCUAACAAGGACGAGGGCAUAACCCAGGUGGACGCCUGCAAUGGCCUCCUUCUCUACCGCCGCUACAAGAAGAACAAGGCGACCCCUUGGAUAGAGGACGCUUGCCAUUUUGUGGUGUGCAAUCCCGCCACCGGGAGGUGGGUGGAGCUGCCCCAUCCACCUCAACCACAGGAGCCAGCCAACAGCCGUAACCAUACCACAGGCCUGGCUUUCGAUCCAGUGGUCUCGUCUCAUUUCCACGUUCUUUGUUUCGAGUACAACUUUCCAGGAGCUUACAUCAAGGGAGUGAACAUCUACUCGUCGAGGGCAGGAGCUUGGAGUCGCAGGGAUAGUGGGAUGGUCGAAAAAGUUAUCCUGUGUAGUAAAUGUGUCUAUGUCGGUGGUAUGCCAUACGUUAUAGGCAACCUGAAGCACAUCAACGGCGAGUAUGUGCUGGUCGGUGUGGACAUGGAGGGGAAAGUGUGGAAAACUAUCCGCGUGCCGUAUGGUCGAAGCUUUGGUACGAUUGGGGUGUCGCAGGGGUGCCUACACUAUGCUAUAGCUUCUGUCGAUGAUAACAAUAAAAUCCUGGUUUCUGAGAUAGCGCUCUGGUGCCUCAAAGAUCAUGACAGUAAAGAAUUGGUCCUGAAGCACACUGCCAGCCUCGAUAAGCUUAUGAGCAUGACGGGGCUGGUGUACCAGGUGGCUGAGAUUCAUCCAGAUUGCGACACCAUUUUCCUGGUUCAGCUUGGAGGUGAUACCUUGGUAUCAUAUGAUAUGCGGCAUCAGAAAGUUGGUUGUAUCCUUAAUCUUAAGAAACACAGUAUACACAAAUUUCUACCUUAUGUUCCUCUGUUCUCAGAGUCAUUAGCAGGUGCUGAUGGGCACUAAUUUUACCUUUGAACCACGCUUGUGCUUCCUUCGGGAAUUGGCUAUUCUGUCGGCUGAAUUACUUGUUUGUGUACGUCUGAAUCUGCUUCAAUCAUGCUGGUGCUUACACUCCGGCUUGCUUGAUUUCCAGUUCAGAACAAUGGCUGGUAAACCUACAGAUUAAGUAUAUUGUCAUUUUGAAAUAACAUUGUUACCCUUGUUCUUGUUUGCCUAGCACUCACAGUUGUUCUGGACAUGUAUU